AAUAAACAAGGACCAUCCUCUACAUGAUAAUUAUAUGAACUUGAAUGGGUAUUCUUAUCUCUUAAUUGCAGAUUUACAUGAACAGAUUUUACUUUAACAUUUUCAUGAAGAUAAUGCAAAACCAUAGCUUUGUCACUGAGUUCAUUCUCCUUGGACUUUCACAGAACCCAAAUGUUGAGAACAUAUUGUGUGUUGUAUUUUUGUUUAUUUACCUUGCAACUGUUGGGGGUAAUAUGAUAAUUGUGGUGACCAUCAUCUACAGCCCUUCGCUGCUGGGCUCCCCCAUGUACUUCUUCUUGAUAUUCCUGUCCUUACUUGAUGCAUGCACUUCUUCUACUGUCACACCCAAGAUGAUUGUAGACCUCUUCUAUGAGAGGAAGACCAUCUCCUUUGAAUGUUGCAUGACACAACUGUUUGCUAUUCACUUUUUCACUGGGAUAGAGGUGAUUAUCUUGUCAGCUAUGGCCUAUGACCGCUAUGUGGCCAUUUGCAAACCCCUUCACUACUCCACCAUUAUGACCAAGAGACUCUGUGGCAUUUUGGUGAUGGUAUCUUGGACAGGAGGAUUCUUACAUUCUCUCAUACAAAUUAUCUUCACUUUGCAGCUGCCCUUUUGUGGCCCCAAUGUCAUUGAUCAUUACCUGUGUGACUUGUUCCCAUUACUGAAGCUUGCCUGCACUGACACACACAUAUUCGUCAUUUUGGUGUUUUCUAACAGUGGGUCUAUCAGCAUCAUAAUCUUCUCUAUUUUGCUUGUCUCCUAUGGUGUCAUCUUGUUCUCUCUGAGAGCCCACAGCUCUGAAGGAAGACGUAAAGCUCUCUCCACCUGUGGAUCCCACAUUACAGUAGUUCUUUUGUUCUUUGUCCCAUGCUUUUUAAUAUAUGCACGACCUCCUUCAGCCUUCUCGUCUGAAAAAAAUGCAUUUGUAUUUGCCACCAUCAUAACACCACUUCUGAAUCCUAUGGUGUACACUUUCAGGAAUAAAGAAAUGAAGAAUGCCAUUAGGAAAGUGUGGAAGAGACUGAUAGUGGUUUCUUAUAACUAUUAACAUAUUACACUUACAAUGCUGGGAAAUUAGAUC